UAUUCUGCAGAGUGUUUAAGGCCCGGUUCCGGUUCUUUGCUUUCUCUGGCUUCGCCUUCCUCCUCAGAUUCCCACCGCUCACAACGAUACCUCGCCUCCCUCGUCCUCCCCUGCGAUCGCGAUCUAGGGUUUCUUCUCCGAUCGAUCUCCUGGAACUAGGGUUCUUACUCGAUCCCCUGUGCCUACUUUUCGUUGAUCGAUUCCGUCCCUUCCGCACAAAAAAGAGAAAGAGAGAGAGAGAGAGAGAGAGAGAGAGGGAGAGAUAAAGAGAGAUUUGAGAUUUGGUUUGGGGAGUGUCGAUGGAGGAGAAGAGGGAAUGUGGGAAGAAGAAGCAGAUACAGCUAUUUUACUGCGCCGAGUCGGAAGAGCUGGCGAAGAAGGUGGCCGAGCAAUCGCACCACUCCAUCCAGCUCCAGUCCAUCGCCUGGAGAAAAUUUGAAGAUGGAUUCCCUAAUCUCUUUAUCAACAAUGCGCAAGAUAUUCGAGGACAGCACGUUGCCUUUUUAGCCUCUUUCAGCUCGCCUGGAGUUAUUUUCGAGCAAAUAUCUGCAAUAUUUGCCUUGCCGAAGCUGUUUAUUGCAUCUUUCACUUUGGUGUUGCCUUUCUUUCCAACUGGUUCUUUUGAGCGCAUGGAAGAGGAAGGAGAUGUGGCUACUGCAUUUACUAUGGCAAGAAUAUUGUCAAUGAUUCCUAAAUCAAGGGGCGGCCCAACUAGUCUAGUCAUCUAUGAUAUACAUGCUUUGCAGGAAAGAUUCUACUUUGGGGAUGACAUUUUGCCUUGCUUUGAAACUGGGAUUCCAUUAUUGUUGCAGCGCCUUCGUCAACUUCCUGAUGCUGAUAAUAUAACUAUAGCAUUUCCAGAUGAUGGGGCAUGGAAGCGGUUUCACAAGCUACUGCUGCAUUUUCCAAUGGUUGUUUGUGCAAAGGUUCGUGAAGGCGAUAAGAGGAUAGUUCGGAUUAAGGAAGGGAACCCUGAAGGCCGACAUGUCGUCAUUGUGGAUGACUUGGUGCAAUCUGGAGGAACUCUCAUCGAGUGUCAGAAAGUCUUGGCUGCUUUUGGUGCGGCAAAAGUAAGCGCGUAUGUCACCCAUGCCGUGUUCCCUAAGCAGUCAUGGGAGCAAUUUCUACACAGUAAUAUUGCCGAUGGCUCGGGGAACCAGUUUGCUUAUUUCUGGAUCACGGACUCGUGCCCUCUCACAGUUAAGGCCAUCGCCAACAGGAUGCCAUUCGAGGUGCUGAGCCUCGCCGGCUCAAUCGCCGAUGCCCUCCAAAUCUAAAGAUGCGACCGCUGACUCGUCGUUUUGAAGAUCGUAUUUCGAUUCUACACCAAAUCAUGCUUACUUUGCUAUAAGAUCGAGGUUCCGCCCCUACUACCUACUGGUUCUUGGCUAUCUUGGUGCUUUCUCUGCGCGGAGAGAUAUUCUGCCGAAGAAACACCUUUCUACUUCUUUCUAUGUUUUCCUAAUGCCGUAAAUUCGCUGGAAGGAACUACACUGGCAUCUUCCGAUGGCGCAGUUCUUCGACAAAUUUUGUUUUGUGCUGAUGAGGGUUGGAAUGGAAUGGCUAUUCUCUUGACUAUGCUGAGUAGCUCAACCCUUUGAGAUGAUCAUACUUAUUGAAGUGGAGCUCAGUGUAAUUUGCUUGUGUGAGUCUUAUUGUAUUGCUUGUGUAAAAAUUAUGCUUGGAAUUUUUGCAGAGGGGGUCCCAAAUCAAAGCAUUAAACUAAAUUAAAUUAAAUUAAA